UUCAUGUUGUUGGACGCUUUCGUACACACAUAAUUCUCAAGCUUUACAAUUGCAAUUUCCUAGGAUAAAUCGGUAUUAAUCAGCAUAAUCAACGGAAUUCAUCGGUUCGACUGUUGAUGCUGAAAAUGGUCAGAGGUCGAGGAGGAAUAAUGAGAGGAGGGCGAGGUGGGAUGGGACGAGGUAUGGGUUUCCCCAGGAAGCAAUUUCUCCCGAGGCAUCCCUUCGACUACACUCUGUGUGAGGCUGCAUUUCCACCGGUUAAACCCGCACCCGACGAGUCGGAUUUGACGAUGGCAUUGUUGAAAAAAAAUUCAGAUAUGUGUCCAACCCCCAAAGAGCAAACCUCCAUUCUAGAUCUCGUCGUCAAAGUACAGAGUGUCCUGGAUAAUUUAAUUGUUGCGCCUGGUACCUUCGAGGCUUGUCAAUUGGAGGAACUGAGGAAAGUCGGUAGCUUCAAGAAGGGGACUAUGAUAAAAGGCCACAAUGUAGCAGACAUCGUAGUUAUACUCAAAACCCUGCCCACUAAAACGGCAGUGGAAGCCCUUGGAAAUAAAGUCCUCACCGACUUGAAGACAGUGAAUCCAAAGGACGUGUUCAGGCUAGUCCAGACUGAUCGUGGAUUCGAUAUAACUAAUGAGGAAGCCACUGUGAGAAUUCUCAUAACGACGUUACACCAGAAUCUAAGGAAACUGGAAUCCGAACAGCACGUCGAUGUGAAAAUUUGCCAGGGACACCUGGCAGCCAUCAGACACUCGGGAUGGUUCGAGGAGAACGCACACCAUGCGAGCAUUAAAAUUUUAAUUCGACUCCUAAGGGACUUGAGAACUAGGUUCGAAGGGUUCGAGCCUUUAUCCCCCUGGAUGAUGGACCUCUUGGCGCAUAAUGCAAUCAUGAAUAAUCCUGGAAGACAGGCUCUGCCAAUUAAUCAAGCGUACAGACGUGUUCUCCAGCUUUUGUCCUCAGGGCUAUUCCUCCCAGGAUCUGCCGGUAUUUCAGAUCCUUGCGAGGGUGGAAAUAUCCGUGUACACACUGCAAUGACCUUGGAGCAGCAGGACCUGGUCUGCCUGACCGCCCAGACUCUCCUCAGGGUCCUUGCACACGGUGGCUACAGGCCUCUCCUCGAAGGCACUAACAAAUUGGCUGUCGAAAUGAGUGUCUGGCCCGGUGGAGUCGUUGCCAGUCCCCUGGACAAGGCCUACGAGCCACCAUCAGAUCAGGAGCAAUCCGAGGACAUGGAGGAGAACAACGAAGAGAUGAUCACUGAGUCGUCAUAAUUUUUAACCUGUCAAUUUAUCAAAGAAUUUCUACUCAAUUUCUAUAAACUAUUCGUAUUUCUAUAUGUAUUGGCUCUGAAAAAAUCGACAUGGUGGGUUUUAUACUCUCCACGAAUGCUAAAUAAAGUCAACUGUGUAACUGA